UGUCCUUUCAGAAGACCAUGGAUGAUCACUGGUUUGAUCAUACAGCGGACUUUCCUCUAGAGUUCAACCGAAAAUGACUGGAGGAAAUUUGAUGGAGAACAGCAGCUGUGCAUGCUCAGAGAAGCUAUACCAGCCGACGGAUUUCCAAAAAAUAAAAGUGAAAUUCGGCAAAAGCGUUUUCACGCUGGACAGAAGCCUCCUUGAGGGGAACUGCGAUUUCUUCCGGGCUCUUUUCCAGUCUGGGAUGAAGGAAUGCCUUCAGGAUGAGAUAAGUCUUCAGAAGCCGAGCGUUCGAGGAUUUUAUAUCGCUCUCCGCGUGAUAAAUGGCGAAAAUCCAAUGCUGAACGAUCACGAAAUCGUCGACGCCAUCGAAUGUGCUGCCUUCCUUCAGAUUAAGAUUUUAACUGAGCAUCUUAUAAAUAUUAUAAACUCAGACAACUGCCUUCUUAUGUACCACACGGCGUCGACUUUCGGUUUGCUUGAGCUCUUCAAAAGUGCAUCUUUGUUUAUUCGAGACAUGUAUUCGGAUCUAAAAGAACAUGCAAAGUGCUUGCCGGAGGAUUUGAUUGACUAUGUUGAGUCUUUAGUUCCCAAUACGUACGUCAUGGUUGGCACUCAUUCACCAGGUAUAAAGCUUUUGCAGGACUUCUUGAGGACUGUUUGUUAUCUUGAUGAGGAUGAGAAAGACUGGAAGGUUCUUACACAUUUGCCUCUCAACGCCAGCACAACCAUGGCAGGAGUAACGGCUUUAGACAAUAAGAUCUAUAUUGUCGGAGGAGUUUAUGAUAUUACUAAUAAAGUAGUGGAUUCAGGAUUCUGCUAUGAUGUGUUGACGGACAUGUGGAGCACGUUUUCAAAUCCUCAGCAGCUUCGGUAUAACUGUACGUUAGUCGGAUAUGAUGGUGAUCUGUAUGUAAUUGGUGGAGAGUACGAAAAAAGCGUGAUGUCUUCUGUGGAAAAGUAUAAAGUCUCAUCGGAUACUUGGAGCUUUGUUGCACAUCUUCCAAGACCUGCAUCCAACGUCGCUUGUACCAAAGCAAUGAGACGAUUGUUUAUCUGUCUUUGGAGGCCUAAAGAUGCUACCGAGAUUUAUGAAUAUGUAGCAAAGAAAGAUGAAUGGAGGUUGAUCACGACCCUUGUUCGGCAUCAAAGUUACGGACAUUGCAUGGUGGCUCACAGAGACAAUUUGUACGUGAUGAGGAACGGGCCGUCGGAUGAUUUUUUGAGGUGCAUAAUGGAUUGUUAUAAUCUGACUUCAGGUCAGUGGACGGCCUUGGCUGGGCAGUAUGAGAACAGUAAAGGAGCUUUAUUUACCGCGGUAGUCAGAGGAGACUCUGCGUUCACUGUGAACCGCAGAGCCACUGUGGAAUACGCUAUCGAGGACGAUAAGUGGAGGACCAAAAAAGAAAUGACAGGGUUUCCGCGAAUUGGCUCCAAGUGGACUUUCCUCUUGAGACUGCCAAAGAAAAGAAAGGAGAUUUUAGAAUUGAACGAGGAUGGAGAUGAGAUCUCCUGUGAUUUCAGAUCGAGUGCUCCUGUACAUUGUGAAGACUGAGAUUUGAUAAUGGUUGUAAAUGUUAUGGAGCGACGGAAUGGCACAGUUUGUCAAAUAUUUAAUUGACUAUUGGAAAAGGAAUUAUUUUUUAUUAUUAUUAUUUUUUCAAGAAACAUUUGGAUUGCUUAAGGUGAUAUAUUAACCAAACCUCUUCUCUGUGACAUGCUUGAAUACCAAUCAGCAUUUUGCAGAAGUAGAUGGAGCUGAUGGAAAUGCAAAGGCCUGGAUGUCUAGAAUUAACUUGAGCUCUGCAGCUAAACAACCUGUGAGCAGAGAUGGGCUGAAACUGAACACAGAAUAUUUGCAGUUGAAAGUCUUAUGCUUUUAAUGUUGUGCAGAGGAUUUGUAGAGAAGAGGAAGUAUGUUUGGGUUCAGCUACUGGAAGACAGGAGAAUGAUUGACAAGUGACGAAUUCCACCUGUGUAUAAAUUCUUGAGUCAGGAAAUGUAGAUUUGUUGCGCACCUCCUGAAUGUAAUUCUUGCAUUGGGAAUAACCAGAAUUCUGUUAAUCGAAUUGUUCAUUUGUAUCCAAUAAAUUACUAAUAUUUGUGAAUUGAUGAAAACCCUCUCCUGACCUUUUUUAUUUAACACACAUGAAAUUGAUUAAAUAUUCC